UUACUUUAUCUUUUUAUCGUAAUUUCGAUAUUCUUUAAUAUAACAUCGAAGCAUUGAUGAUACCCAAACCAAAACCCUGAUUCUUUCCUCCUUUUAUUUUUCGUUUUCUUCUUUGGUUGCAGAAGCAUUGCCAUGGCCAAAAGUUCCUUUAAGAUGGAGCAUCCUCUUGAAAGGAGGCAAGCUGAAGCUGCUCGGAUCAGAGAGAAGUAUCCAGACAGAAUACCAGUAAUUGUAGAAAGGGCUGAAAAGAGUGAUGUGCCUGAAAUUGAUAAGAAAAAGUAUUUGGUCCCUGCUGAUCUGACCGUUGGCCAGUUUGUGUAUGUGGUCCGAAAAAGGAUCAAGCUCAGUCCUGAGAAAGCCAUUUUCAUUUUCGUUAAGAACAUUUUGCCACCUACUGCGGCUAUGAUGUCUUCAAUUUAUGAAGAAAAUAAGGAUGAAGAUGGUUUUCUUUAUAUGAGUUACAGUGGUGAGAACACAUUCGGGCUACUGUGAAGUGAAACAUGGUGAGAGCCACACCUUCUUUGUGAAUAUAACUGGCUAAAGAAGAGAGAAAAAAGAGCGUGGUGUUUGUAAAUUCUCCUGGUCCAUUUGAUGUUUUUAGUUUUAAACCACUUAUGUUUAUUUCAAUAAUUUGGGAACUUCUAUUAUAUGGGUAACGCAUUUAGUAUAUAUACUAAACUUUUCAGCUUCUUGCUGAAUUUCCUUGAA